AUGUAUCCAGCUGAGCUUCCCAUCAGCGAUGCUCCCGUCGAUCGCGGCGCCUCCCCAGGUUCCCCCGCAACCGACACCUACCAACUAUUUUUAGCCCUCUACCACCGGGGCGAGCUGUCUCUUGGCGACUACCGAAAGCGCCUCGGCUUCUCAGCCUACCACUGGUCGAUCCUCGUCUUGGAUACGAAGUACGAUCGCUACCACGCCUACGACGUGACUGAUGGAUCCUCGCCAGACCCAUUGAUUCGACGCGACCUCAACCCCGACUUCCAAUGGACCUACCGCGUCAAGAACAACGUUCAUCCGGAGUCGUGCGACUCUCUUCUUAUCAGAAUGGCAAUCGGCGUAGUCAACGAUGGAAUCGGUCCCGAGACUAUCAAAAUGCUUCUUCAGUCUGUUCAACUGCCGGUUAAGAGUGCUUGUCCGCCCCAGAACUGCGUCAACUGGAUCAGGGCUGUUCUGCACAAGCUUCGGUUCCAUGGUUAUGCCCGCGACCUGCACAGCAUUGAGACGACUAUUGAUCGUGCUCUUGCUUAUGCUGAUCUUCGUAUGUCGGAUCCUGAUAAUUCGGUCUCCGUUGUUGACCACGAUGGCAAUGAACUGAUUCUCGGGCCACUUGUAUGA